AGCAGCUUGCCUCGUCCUGCGCCAGACGCGCGGCGUGGAUGCAAGGACAGGAGGGAACACGCGCGGAGUCUCUGAAGACCACCAACACACGGGAUAUCGUACACGUUUGCCGCCUCCUGGCAGGAGAGGGACGCACACAGUCCUCGUUUCGAGUCGGACGCAUAGAAGCGAGACGGUCGGCCGCGGACCCAAGAGUCGUCUCUCGAGCGUGGCAGCGAGGUCAUCGGGCUGAGGGUUGGUUUGGCCUUUCUUGGGAUCACUGUUGGACCAGUGCAAGACAUUUGAAGAGCGACCGCUUUAGUCUACAGUUUUACUGUUGAUCGAGCAAACAACCUUCCAAGGAAAUGUACUUUUUGGACAGCAUGCCAUGAAACCACCUGGAACACAAGAGAUGGACAUUUUGAAGACAUUUAACUUGAUUGGAUAGACAGAUUGUUGGGAAAUUAAAGGUGUCAGAAGAGAGCUCAUCUUUAUGUUUAGUUCAGAAGAUCCUGUUAUGUCACGUGAAGCUUUACGCGGAAAUGGGUCAAAGAUGGAAUCCCAAUGAGUGGCCAUGUUACAGUACAAGAAUCUAAAACGGCCUGCAUUCAACUGACCAUCUUUGAUCUAAUGGAUUAAUAUUCACCUCACUGCAACGUGGACAUUAUUCCUCUCUUUUUUUCUUUCUUUUUUUUUUAAUUACAUGUGGACCCCCGCUGGACUUUUCUUUUAGUUGUUUGUGUUUCCUAUAAUUGGACAUGGCUCCCUACUGGACAGUUGCCGCUUGGACGUUGCUGGCUGCAUCGACUUUCUUUAUCUGUUGGUGUGAAGCUGCACGGACUAGUGACUCCAGCAGGGGGGAGCAAGGAGCCUCAUCCGUGGAACGAGUGAAGCGGGGAUGGGUGUGGAACCAGUUCUUUGUGGUGGAGGAGUACACCGGCACAGAGCCCCUCUAUGUUGGAAAGAUUCACACGGACUCAGAUGAAGGCGAGGGCGCCAUCAAGUACACCAUCUCCGGAGAAGGGGCGGGCAGCGUCUUCAUCAUCGACGAGCUGACGGGCGACAUCCACGCCAUGGAGAGGCUGGACCGUGAGGAGAAAGCCUUCUACACGCUGCGAGCGCAGGCCCGCGAUCGCCUCAGCAACGACCCGCUGGAGCCAGAGUCCGAGUUUGUCAUCAAGGUCCAAGACAUCAACGACAGCGAGCCCAAGUUCUCGGAGGGACCGUACAUCGGCAGUGUGGCCGAACUGUCUCCUAUAGGAACGUCUGUUCUCAAGAUCACAGCGUCCGACGCUGACGACCCGUCGUAUGGCAGCAGUGCCAGAGUGGUCUACAGCGUCCUGGAUGGAGAAAAGUUCUUCACUGUGGGCAGGCACACAGGGAUCAUAAUGACAGCCGUGGCAGAUCUGGACCGCGAGACGCAGGAUCGUUACGAGCUGGUCGUCAAGGCGACCGACAUGGCAGGGCAAAUGGGUGGUCUCUCCGGGUCCACCACGGUGACCAUAGUGAUCACAGACGUUAAUGACAACCCGCCACGCUUCCCGCAGAAGAUGUACCAGUUCAUGGUGUCAGAAGGCGCUGCCAUCGGCACGCCAGUGGGGCGUGUCAUUGCUACCGACGCAGACAUGGGGGAGAACACAGACAUGAGCUACCUGAUCCAGGAAGGAGGUGAGCUCUUCAGGGUGACCACGGACGCCACCACCCAAGAAGCUGUCGUCUCCAUCAAGAAGCUGUUGGAUUUUGAGAGCAAACGCACACACAAUGUCGUGGUCGAGGCCGUGAAUAAGCACUUGGAUCCUCGCUUCGUGGAUCUGGGCUCCUUCCGGGAUCAGACCAUAGUCCGCGUCAGCGUGUCGGACGUGGACGAACCGCCGCUCUUUCAGCCUGCCGACGGCACCGUCAUGGAGGUGCAGGAGGAUGCCAAAGUGGGAGCGCUGGUUGGCGUAGUCACCGCCCGAGACCCCGACGUGAAGAAUAAACCUGUCAGGUUCUCCAUCGAUCACAGCACCGACUGGGACAUGAUCUUUCAGAUUGACCCCGACUCGGGCGCCAUCACGCUGGAGAAAGUUUUGGACCGCGAGGCAGCCGGCUGGCACAACAUCACCGUCAAGGCCGUGGAAGCCGAUAACCACACCAUGGCGUCGCACUCGGCGGUGAGCAUUCGGAUCCUGGACGUCAACGACAAUCCUCCUGAGCUGGCCUCCCCCUACGAAGUCUUCAUAUGUGAAGAUGCCAUGCCGGGCCAGAUAAUUCACACCGUCAGUGUGGUGGACAAAGACGAGCCGCAGACCGGACAUCACUUUUACUUCACGCUGGCUCCGGAAGCCUCUGGCAAUCGACACUUUGACCUUUGGGAUGUCCAAGACACCACCGCCGGUAUCCGGACGCAGCGGUCAGGCUUCAACCGGCACGAGCAGAACGUCUACUUCCUGCCCAUCCUGGUGGGUGACAGCGGCCCCCCCUCGCUCAGCUCCACGGGCACCCUGACCAUUCACAUCUGCGGCUGUGACACAGCUGGAACCAUCGAGUCCUGCAACGCUACCGCCUAUGUCAUGAGUGCAGCUCUCAGCCCCGGGGCACUUAUCGCACUGCUGGUGUGCAUGCUCAUCCUCAUCGUCCUCGUCUUGCUCAUCCUGACUCUCAAACGCCACCGGAAAGGCCAGCGGAUGGCUGAGGACGAGGAGGACAUGCGGGACAACGUCAUCAAGUACAAUGACGAGGGCGGCGGUGAACAGGACACUCAGGCCUACGACAUGAGCGCCCUCAGGAACCUCUACGACUUCCCCGAGUCCAAGAGCGCCGCCGCCUCCGCCGACUCGGUCCCGGAAAUCCACACGCUGCCGCAGUGGUUUCAAGCGAACCGUUUAGCGGGCGGGGCGGCGGAAUCGUGCUCGGCCGCUGACUUCUCGCUCUUCAAAGGUUACAUCCGCAAAAAGGUGGAGCAGGCCGACGCUGAUCUGUCGGUGCCGCCGUAUGACUCGUUCCAGACGUACGCCUUUGAGGGCACGAGCUCGCCCGCCCUGUCGCUCAGCUCCAUCCACACACUGUCCACCACGUCCGAUCAGGAUUUCUCUUACCUCAGUGACUGGGGGCCGCGAUUCCGGCAGCUGGCGGGCUACUACGCGCCGGGAAAACCCGAUGAGGACGGGUCCUAGCAGAGCGUCCCGUCCUGCCGAGAGACUUCUUCUUUAUUCUCCUCUUUCUUUAUCCAGUGUUUUUCCAAACCACGGAAAGACCUCCUUAUCUCACUUGGUGUCUCUGACCCGGUUUUAGCUUUCCUGAGGGACUUUAUUUGGGAAUUGAGUGUGACAGGCGUGAGAGAAAAGAGAUGUCAGCUUCACGGAAUUGCCGUUUUGCAAACGAAAGGAGAAAGCAGCAGGAAAUAUUCCUGUAAAUCUUUGAAAGCAGCAGGAACAUCUGUGUGUCUCGCUCUAUGUGGAUAAAAGUAGUGGGACACACAUUUUCUUCAAUGAGUUUAUCAAUAACGAGUCAGACAAGAAGAAUUUUCAACACAGGUUAGGAUAAUGGGCCUCGAGGGCUGAAGUUUGACACCUGUGAUGGAGAAAAAAAAAAAUCCACACUGCAUAGUUUGCACACCAUUGUUUUGUUUAAAUGGUGCCAAUAUCAACAGAAGUUCAUGGACAUUACACAUUGAGCAUGUCAAGAACCACAUUUAAGAAGAAAAAAAACAAACAAACAAGUGUCCCAAUAUUUUUGUCCACUUAGUGGUUACUCUCAGAUGGGUGGCAUCAUUUGGUCUUUUUUGUUUUCACACUGGAUGCCACAGAAAGACAACCCUUCAAAAAACUGAUAUUUUUUAGAGGGUCGUUGAUAUUUAUCUAUUUAUUUUCUUUUGUAUUUAUUUAUUUACACGGACUAAAUGGAAUUUGGUACCAGAAGGGAAAUAAAAAUACAAAAAAAAACAAGAAAUGAAGGUCAUAUGUAACUUUGGACUAUAUUUGAAUUUUCUUUUUUUUCUAUAAACUCUUUUAUGAAAAACAUAAUGCGAGAUGGACGGUUUGUAAAAAAAAAAAAAAAAAAAAGAAAACAAGAAAGAGAACCUUUCUUUGCCUACUUGUGUUUUGGAGAUGGGGGUGCAAAACAAUUUUUAAGUUGAAUUUUUUUGUCGCUGUUCUUUCAGUUGACAAAGCUAAUUUGAAACGCAAAUAUUGCAGACAUUUGAAUUACCAAUUUGAUGUUCUAUUAUUUUGUUCGUGUGUUUAAAAAAAAAAAAAAAAAAAAAAAAAAGUUAAUAUUGUAUCAUGAAAUGUUUACUUUGCACUUCAUUUUAUGUACAUGAAGGGACAGUGGUUUAAAGGUACGAUGACUAACUGGUCGCAUCCUCCUUCUACCUACAACCUGUAAUUCAUGUUGACCUCAAUGUAUGGAAAACUGAUCAAAAGAGGGAAAAAUCCAAAUAAAUAUUUAAUUUUUUGAUAAAACA